AUGGACGAUCCGGGCUGGUCAUGGCCGGCCUGGAAAUUCGGCAUGAAGAGGGAUGACCUCUUUCAUACACUCCACGAAAAAUACAACACCUUUACCUUUAACCUCCAAGACCCCGAAGCCUUUCAUCACGACGUUUACGAAAUUUCCCGCGAUGCCGAUACCAUCGACGAUUUCCACCGCUUGCUGGAUGAGCGAAAACAACAGCGGAUUCACGAACUCCAUGAGUCUCUCGAAUCUCUCGCUGUUGAGAUCAUCGCCAACCCCAAGUUGAUGGAUUCUGAACAUUGGCAGUACGCCCUUCAACUCUUCCGGACCAAGUCUUUCGACUCGAUCGUCCGUUAUUUUGCAAGCUACCUACCCGAACAAUAUCUUGAUCACAACGAUCGUGAUCAUGAUGCUAUUUCUAUUGCUUCCUUGUCCUCCUUCUCUGAGACCAACAGCGUCAAGACUGAGAGCACCACGGCCAGCAGCGUCGAUGAUGCCUCAAGUUUCUUUGACGAUGAACCUAUCUUGACAAAGGGCCCCCUCUCGAUUCAUACGGACAUUCGAUCAUCGUCUGUCGUUCAAGCGCCCCCCUCGCCCCCCCAUUCCGAGGCAGCGCACGGCGAUGAGUCUUCUGUUUCCUCUCCUACUUCCAUGAAGCCGCACGAAUACUCCACCCCCCCUUCACGUUCCAUGUCGUUUUCUGGUUCCGAGACAGCACCUGCUAUCUCUGACUUGACCAGAUCACUCGUUCACGACGAAGAUGAGACCUCGCAGUUCGAUGACGGUGACUUUGCUGUCGCCUCGGAUUCUGAUUGCGCAGAGAGCCAGUCGUCACUGGACGUAAUGGAUGAUGGGGAACAAUCUAAUGACAAGUAUGAGGAUGAUCUAGAGGAGGAGGACGAUUUUCCUACUACUCAAUUUCCUGAAGAUGCUAGCGACGGUUGCGAUUUCUAUGACGAUACCCCAAAUUUCGAUGACACCCCAACUCCCCGACAGGAGUCUAUCGCGCCCUGCUACAUUGAGUACAAGUCCGUUGCGGCAUGGAGAAUACCUUCUCCUCGUCGUUCACCUUCCCCCUCGCCACGAAGCCACCACCCCUACCGCCGAGAAGGCUCAAGUCUGAAGGACAUCCGCCGAAGUCCUGAGGAGUCCCUGAGCAAGAUUCAGAAACCGAUGCAUGAGCAAAGGAAAAGGCCGACGUUUAGGAAACGGCUUGAUUAG